AUGGUAGUAGAUACAGCAUACUAUGAAUUAUUGGGCAUAUCACCAUCAGCGACUGCCAUUGAAAUAAAGAAAGCUUAUAGAAAGAAAUCUAUACAAGAGCAUCCAGAUAAAAACCCGAAUGAUCCAACCGCAACUGAAAGGUUUCAAGCCAUCUCAGAGGCAUAUCAAGUUCUGAGCGAUGAUACCUUAAGGCUGAAGUACGAUAAAUAUGGUAAAAAGGAGGCGGUCCCCACAGGUGGAUUUGAGGAUGCUGCAGAACAAUUUUCUGCUAUAUUUGGAGGUGAUGCCUUUUCAUCUUAUAUUGGAGAACUCACUCUCUUAAAGAAUUUGCAAAAGACAGAAGAAUUAAGUGCUCAAGACGAAGCAGAGAAGGCUAAAGAUGAAGAAGGAAAGACCAAGGAUGAGGUAAGUAAGGAAUCUAAAAACGAGCAGUCAGAGCAUAAAAGUGGUACAUCCACAACAUUGCCAAAUUUACGCUCUAAGGGAGAAAGUUCACAAACUGUUUCGACUCCCUCAAAAAAAGAUGAAACUCCAAAGAAAAAGACAAAACUAGAACUCUUCGAAGAGGAGCAAAGACUUGAAAAAGAAAAGAGCAUUGAAAAAUUAAGCAAUACUCUUAUAGAAAGAUUAUCAAUAUUGACAGAAAGUGUUUAUGAUGGGGCAUGUAAGGAAUCAUUUCAAAAAAAAUUUGUGGAAGAAGCAAAUCUUCUAAAGAUGGAGUCGUUCGGAGUAGACAUUCUACACACUAUUGGAGCUAUCUACUAUGAAAAGGCUAGUAUCUUUUUAGCCUCACAAAACUUAUUUGGGUUUGGUGGUGUGUUCCAUUCCAUGAAGGCGAAAGGUGGCGUAUUCAUGGAUACGUUAAGAACCGUUUCUGCCGCUAUUGACGCCCAAAACACCAUGAAGGAACUUGAAAAAAUGAAAGAAGCUAAUGAAACAGAUGUUGAUGGAACACCAAAACCAACAGUGGAUGAUCUGGCGAAACAAGAACAAUUAUUGAUGGGUAAAGUUUUAUCGGCUGCAUGGCAUGGUUCAAGGUAUGAAAUAACAUCAACUUUAAGAAGUGUCUGUGAUAAGGUACUGGAGGACAAAACUGUCCCCACUGCCACUUUAGUAAGAAGAGGAGAAGCUUUAAAGUUAUUAGGCGAAGUCUUUUUGAAUGUAUAUAGAACAAAGGCAGAGCAGGAGGAAGCGCAGAUAUUCGAGGAAUUAGUUGCAGAGGCAACAAAAAAGAAGCGCAAAUAA